ACUUCUACUCGCCUUGCCUUUGUCAUCGCGGAUUACACCGCUCGCGCCGCACUGAUUCAGCGUCUCAACUGUUUGUCAAAUUGGCUUCGUGUUUAUUCUAUUUCAAAAGCCGUUUUUUCUCUCGAUAAUUUGUCUUGGAAAUCUUUCCAACAAACUUGUAACAUGCCGAAGAAUAAGAAGAAGCAAGAUACAUCGGACUCCGAUUCAGGACCGGAUGAUCGUACGCCGGUCAAGAAGAGUAAAGUUGAGGAUGGUUCCAGCAAAAGCACCAGUGCGCAGGGUGAAGAUGAAUGGCAGCUGGAUCGAAACCGUAAAGUAACGGUCAGCGAAUUCAAAAACAAAGUUUAUGUCAAUGUGCGCGAGUACUACGAAAAGGAUGGCAAACAGUUACCGGGAAAGAAGGGCAUCAGUUUGACGGUUUCUCAAUGGAAAAAGCUACUGGAGAGCGCGGACGAGAUAAAUGAAAAAAUUAAAACAUUCUAGUGAGAACCUGGGAGCGGUCCUUCGUAAAUUGUUUUUAUUUCAGCUAACUGAUGCCAAGCAUUGUUUAUAUCUUGCGCUUCUAUCAUCAAGCGAAACGUUUGAUGUAUAGAUAGCGAUCACUUAAUCAUAAGUUUUGUUCAUAUUCAUAAUAA